AUGGAUAAAAAUCUUCACUGCAUCGAGAAAAAACCGGCAAACCGUUAUAUCUUAUUUAGAAGUUGUUUUUCAAACGCAGCGUCAAAAAAAUUGCCUUGUACUGAGCAAUUGUGCCUUUUAUCUACAUUGUCUAAAAAGGAUAAACAGCACUUUAUAUCACAAUUCAGUUCACAUAUAUAUAAACGCUAUGAAAGUGAACUUUUGAGUGUCUUUUCUCCAUUAUAUGAAGAAUUAAAAAGGUCUAAAAAAGAACAAAAGAUUACGCGGAAUCAGAGUUUGAAUACUCAUUCUAGAAAUAAACCAUAUACGCUGGAACGGAGACAACGAGGUUAUUCCGAUUCGGUAUUCUCAACAUUAGCUCAACUGGAUUUAUUUGAUACAUCCAGAUCAACAUUAGACCGAUACGCUUCAUUUCUAGCAAAUUCAUCAUUCACAUCAGAAGCAUCCUCAAACUUUCCACAUUGUAGUUUAGUUUAUUUUGCGGAUACAAACCAAUUUAAUACUGUUGGAUCUGAUUUAAUAAUUCAGUCGCCGGUGACAGAUUUGGACCCGAGCGAGGAUUCUGGUGAUACAUCAGUUGGAUCUGUUUCAUCAUUCACGUCGGAAACCUCCUCAACCUUUACAUCUGUACAUUCUACGGUGCCAAGCCCAUUUCAUACUGUUAGAUCUGAAUCAAUGCUUAAGUCGCUGGCGACAACUUCGGACUCGAGCAACGAUUCUAGCCCUUUACAAACAGAGAAUUCUCCAAAUUCUGUAGUUAAAUUGCAAAAGACCAUUACUCAGUCACUUGAAAAAUCAAAUACCGAGACACAAUAUAAACCACUUGUCUUUAAAGGUCAGGAUUUACGUGUUGCUUUUAACAAGGUUGAAUAUUAA